AGAAGUUUUUACCUCGUGAGACAUUUUAACUGUUAGCUGGUGCUUGCUCGUACCGUGAAUAAUCACGAAAAGUACCUUUCAUAUUUUGCCAUAUCCAGGGUAAUAUAUUAAAAAGUCAGGACUCUGAGGAAGGCUUCUCUUCUAGAUCAUGCCCAAUGAACCCGAUCAUCCUCCGGCUAAAAAAUUUAAGCCGGCGUCUGUUUUCUUCCGCCUCGACAAGCAGAAAGCUGGUAUGUUGCUGCCUGGGAAACCAAAAACAACGACGAUUGAAGACCAAAGAAAACAACUUCCUAUUUAUCAAGCCCGAAAUCAGCUUUUACACCACCUGAGACAACUUCACAACGCUAUUCUCAUAGGGGAAACAGGCUCAGGAAAGACCACCCAAAUCCCCCAGUAUCUCUAUGAGGCAGGGAUUGGACGCCAGGGCCUCGUUGCAGUCACUCAGCCCCGCCGAGUGGCUGCUAUCUCGCUGGCAGGAAGAGUGGCAGAGGAGAAAAGGACACAUCUUGGCAAGCUGGUGGGGUACUCCGUGCGUUUUGAGGAUGUCACCUCCUCUGAGACCAAGCUGAAGUUUAUGACCGAUGGUAUGCUCCUACGUGAGGCCAUUAGUGACCCCUUACUGCUGCAUUACACAGUAGUAAUCCUAGAUGAAGCUCAUGAGCGCACCGUGCACACAGAUGUGCUGUUUGGAGUGGUUAAAACAGCUCAGCGCAGGCGCAAAGAACUUAAUAAGAUUCCUCUGAAGGUCAUCGUGAUGUCAGCUACAAUGGAUGUGGACCUGUUCUCUGAAUACUUCAACAGGUCACCUGUACUGUACUUGGAAGGCAGACAACAUCCCAUUCAAAUCUAUUACACCAAGCGGCCUCAAUCCGACUAUCUCCAAGCUGCUCUCGUCUCAGUGUUCCAGAUACACCAGGAAGCUCCUCCCUCACAUGAUAUCUUGGUCUUCAUGACGGGUCAGGAGGAGAUUGAAGCUCUAGCAAGGACAUGUCGAGACAUUGCCAAGCAUCUGCCAGACAAUUGUGGAUCUAUGCUAGUUGUUCCUUUGUACGCAUCCUUACCUCCCACCCAGCAGCUCAGAGUCUUUCGGGACGCUCCAAAGGGUUGCAGGAAGGUUAUCUUGUCAACGAACAUAGCAGAGACCUCCGUUACAAUAUCCGGGGUCAAAUAUGUCAUCGACACAGGGAUGGUAAAGGCCAAACGUUUCAAUCCUGACAGUGGCUUGGAGGUUCUGGCAGUGCAGCAAGUUUCUAAAGCACAGGCAUGGCAGCGAGCAGGCCGUUCUGGCAGGAAGGAGUCUGGAUUUUGCUAUCGUCUCUACACUGAGCAGGAGUUCGACAAGUUUAUCCCUAUGACUGUGCCUGAAAUUCAGAGGUGUAACUUAGCCAGUGUGAUGCUGCAGCUCAUGGCUUUAGGGAUUCAAGAUGUCAUGAAUUUUGACUUCAUGUCAAAGCCCUCUGCAGAGGCCUUGUGCUCAGCUGUGGAGCAUUUGGAGCUGCUGGGGGCUGUGGAAAGAAACCAUGGACACGUUGUCCUCACAGGUUUGGGGAAGAAGAUGUCACGAUUCCCCCUGGAGCCAAGAUAUGCCAAGACCAUCCUGCUGUCCUCCAACUACUCGUGCUCUGAGGAAAUGUUGAGCAUGGUGUCCCUGCUAUCGGUAGACACCGUGCUCUACAACCCACCAGCACGGCGAGAAGAAGUUCUCGCGGUUCGCAAGAAGUUCAUGUCCAGCGGAGGAGAUCACAUGACGCUCCUCAAUAUCUACAGAGCGUUCCAGAAAGUCAAUGGAAAUAAAGAGUGGUGUCGAGAAAACUUUGUCAACAGCAGGAACAUGAGUCUGGUGAAAGACGUCCGAGCUCAACUAAGAGAAAUCUGCCUUAAGCUGAAUUUAAAGUUGGAGUCAUGCGGUGCCGACACUGGAAAGAUCCGACAGUGCAUUGCUCAUGGGAUGUUCAUCAACGCUGCAGAGCUUCAGCCCGAUGGCAGUUAUUUAGCACUGGACACUCACCAACCAGUAGCCAUCCACCCUUCUUCUGUCCUUUUUCAGGCUAAACCAGCAAAUGUGGUGUUCAAUGAACUGCUGCACACCUCACGCUGCUACAUGAGGGACUUGUGUCUUGUCGAUGCUGAUUGGCUGCUGCAUGCAGCCCCACAGUACUUUGGCCGGAAACUGCAUCCCAGCAAAAGCUGAGCACCUAGGAUUUUAGUAUGUCUCCACAAACAGGUAUCUGCAUGUCAAUGAGAUAUGAUAGUAAUAGAUUAAACUACCUCCCGCUUUUAGCUGUCACAGUAACGUUGAUGACAUGCUAUCUUCUACCGAUUCAAAUUUCAUCUUGCUAAAUAAUAAUACUUAGCAGUUAUUGCAUUGUUUGUCGUCUGACUGAAGACAAAUAUUUUAAUUUUUUGCCAUCAAUCUUAAAAUUACUUUUGACAAAAAGUUUCCAAGUUUCCAAAUAAUGUGGAUUAUUUCAAAGCAUUGAAUUGAUUCAAAGGUUUUGUAAGACCAUGGAUGUUCACAAACUCAUUAAAAUUGAUGGUAUUGUAUUAGGUUUUAGUUGACAUACCAGGAUGACGUUAAAUUUCAUACAUCUUUCGACUUUUGUUCCAAGUUUCACUACUUAUUUUUUUUUUUUACAUAAAAUCAUAAAGAAUGUAUUUCUGUCACUCUUCUCUGCUGAUUACGCUCUAAUUUCAGUGACCCCUUCCCUCUGACAACUUCCUGUUUGACAGCUGGGGUGGUUGUAUUGAAUAAUUGUUGUGAACUAUGAUGAGGAGAAUGUUUAAAUGAUAACUAACGUGUUGAUCAUACACCUUUGUCAAUAUUAAUGUUGUAGUGAAACAUUCAACAUUUAGUGAUGGUCAAAUCAAGGUCAUCUGUAAAGGUUUUAUUAACUUCAUCCUGAAAUGUCGAAUCUAUUCCAAUAUCAUAACUUUUACGAGUACUGCAUGUCAAGCAGACAUGAUCCUUUUCUAAUUAUCUAUUGUGUUAUAAUAAUCUAUAUCAGUUUACACUUUUCUAUACAGUGAGAAACAUGCACGCAUUAUCUACGUUUUGAUAGUCUGCAUUUACUGUUUAUGAACAACACAUGUAUGCAAUGCAUGUCGACUAACAGUAAUGAUUUGACUACUCAGGUCUUUCGCACUUUGUAAACUAUAAAUCACAGAUUAUGGAAGAUGCAUAUUUGCAUCUUUUGUACACGACUCAGGAUUGUGCAGUACAGUAUGUAACCACCUUUUUUCAUACUUAUGAAAACCAAAUAUGAUUGACUUGUCUUUAAUUAAAGUGUUGCAUAUGAA